AUGAAGAUAGCCAUCAUCGGUGCCGGCAUCUCCGGGUGCGCCAUGUACUUAGAACUACAGAAACAUCUUGCCAAACCCCAUGGAUCAGAAAGUCAUGAAAUCGUGAUCUACGAAGCAUAUAACACUGGAAUAAACACAACAGCAGAUCAACGCAAAGAGGAGGCCACACAUUCAUCCACACUCUUGGUCGGAGGCGGCUUGGGAAUCGCGGCGAAUGGCCUGCGCGUCUUGGAACGAUUGGAUGAUAGCCUUCUCCGGGAUGUUGUCCGUGGAGGUUAUGCUGUAUCAUCGUCGCACUUGAAAAGCAAAAAUGGUUCGCUGCUCAUGACUAUGAAGCCUAAUAGGCCCACCACCCCUGAUUCACCGCCGAUGAACAUGGUGAUGUCGAGCCGGGAUGCGUUCUGGAGAUGCCUGCGUUCCCGAGUUCCAGAUGACCACAUCAUCAACAAACGGAUCGAAAAGAUUGUUGCAAAACAGGAUGGAAGAAAUCAGAUCUUCUUUGUCGAUGGCAGUUCUCCCGAGGAAGCAGAUCUCAUAAUCGGUGCAGAUGGCGUCCGAAGUACUGCGAAACGAGCGAUCUUUCCUGACGAAGAGAAAGAUCCUUAUCCGCCUCAUUACGAGGGCCUCGUCGGCGUGGGAGGAUUUAUCCCUGCUUCUGAAGUCAAAGAUGUCGUCGAGAAGGGAUCUGUGAAUUUUAUCUUCGGAGGAAAUGGUUUCUUCGGAUACUUCUUCGCAAACAGCGCCGAAGAUGCACCAAACCGCGAUUCGCCAUAUUACGUUUGCGAGCCAGCAGGGUCGCUUGCUUGGUGGUCAACCUAUGAAGUCGAAGAAUGUCCCGACCAUAAGAAUAUUGAUACGGCAGAUGUGACAAGGCAGCUGCACAAGAGACACGCAGAGUGGAAGGAUCAAGCUAUCCAGAAGAUCUUGGCUUCUCUCGAAGUCAAAAGCAUGUAUCCCACCUGGACCAGUCCUCCCAUCCCAACCUGGGAACGAGAUGGAGUCAUUCUAGUAGGCGAUGCAGCUCACGCGCUACCUCCAAGUUCGGGACAAGGAUCGUCCCAGGCACUUGAAGAUGUGGAAGCUUUAGCCCUCAUCUUGUCACAUCACCUGGAAAAGGAAAAUAAAUCCGGUGAUUCGAUCUCGCCAAAAGGUUACAAGAGGGUUUUCAAAGCGGCAGCAGGACAAUAUCUGGCUAUUCGUCAACCACAUGUGACUAAGAUCUUGGAAGCUGCGCGAGAGAACCAGAAUAAGAAGCGGGAGAUGGGUGUCUUUCAGGAAUACAUGAUGUACGGUUUCUUGAAAAUCAUGGGGGUUUUCCCAAGCUUGAUGGCGAACAAAUUACGACUAGUAGUGGACUACAACGUAGCAGAUCAUGUUGCAGAACUGCUUGCAACAUCAGAAUGUUGA